AUGAGUCGGAGGAGUUUUUUCAAUAUCGGAGAGGAAGGACGACUUCUUUUGAACUUCAUUAAUGGGCAAUCAGUUUCCCUCACGAGUAAUUCUGUUUUUGAUGUAUACGAACCGCGAUCAGGGCGCGUCUUGACUCAAACGGAAAAAGGUAGCAAAGAUGAUGUCUAUAUAGCUGUUGCUUGUGCUACUGCUGCGCAAAAGAAAUGGGGGGCUUUGCCUUGGCUCGCAAGGGGAAGUGUUCUCUCCAAAGCUGCUGAAUUGAUUAAAGUUCACUGUGAAGAAUUGGCUCUUUGGGAGUCAAAAGAUAAUGGGAAACCUAUUAAAGAAGCAGAGGCUGAUGUUCUGAGUUGUGCAGAAACUCUUCAGUAUUACAGUGGCAUAAACUCAGGUUUAGUUGGGCAGUUCUUUCCUAUGGCUGGCAACCGUUAUGCUUAUACUACUCGAGAACCGAUUGGCGUUGUUGGGUGUGUUGGAGCGUGGAAUUACCCAAUUCAAACUUGUACUUGGAAAGCUGCGCCUGCGAUUGCUUGUGGAAACGCUGUUGUGUAUAAACCAAGCCCUCUUGCUCCAGUGACUGCUGUUCUUCUGGGUCAUUUAUUGAAGGAAGCUGGACUUCCAGAUGGAGUUUUUAAUGUUAUACAGGGAGAUGCUGAGACAGGUCGACAUCUCGUAGAACAUCCAGAAGUUAAAAAAGUGUCUUUUACGGGUAGCACUGCAACAGGGAAAGAUAUUAUGCAGAGAUGUGCUAUGAGAAACGUCAAGCCAGUUACUCUCGAACUUGGAGGAAAAUCUUCACUCAUAAUUUGCGAAGAUGCUUGCAUAGACAGUGCCGUAGCCGGUGCAAUGGCUGCAAACUUCUACAGUCAAGGGCAAGUUUGCUCCAACGCAAGCAAAGUACUGAUACAUGCAUCGAAGCUUCAAGAAUUCACUACGAAAGUUGUUGAUUUAACUCGGAACAUGAGUGUAGGGGACCCAUUAUCUCGAUCAACCACAGUAGGAGCUCACAUCAGUCGAGAACAUCGCGAUCGAAUUAAGAAUUACAUAGACACGGCUCAGUUACAAGGAGCUAUAAAGCUCUGUGGAGGAGAGCACGUUGAGGUUCCUGAACUGGAAAAUGGAUAUUACCUCAGUCCAUGUGUUCUUUCAAACAUAAAUGAUUCCAUGGAUGUUUAUAAGGAAGAGAUUUUUGGUUCCGUGAUGCUUCUGAUACCAUUUUUGUCGGACGAAGAAGCUGUUAUCAUGGCCAAUGAUACUUCAAUGGGAUUGGCCGCUGGUGUUUUCACUAAAGAUCUCAGUAAAGGAUAUAACAUCUCCAAACAGUUGAACGCUGGAACUGUAUACGUCAAUACUUACAACGAUACUUCUCCAUUUGUUCCUUUUGGUGGAAUCGGUGACUCUGGCUUCGGCAGAGAGAAUGGAACGGCUGCAGUAGAUUACUAUACUACGAUCAAGUCUGUGUUUGUUAAUACGACUGAGUUGGAGAACCCAUUCAUGUAG